GGUCCCUGGGGUGUCCUCAGACUGCCACUGCCUGUGCCCCGCAGACAUCAUGGCUGACAAGGAGGGGGUGAUGCUGUCGCUGGAGCAGGAGGAGGAGGAUGCCGACGUGGCCCUGGCGUAUAAGACGCCGGAGAGGAAGAGCCUGCGGGAGAUCCAGGAGCUGGACCCGGGGGAUGAGAGCCUGCGGAAGUACAAGCAGGCGCUGCUGGGCAACAUCCCUGUGGCCGUGGAUGCCAGUGUGCCCAACGUGCAGGUGACGAAGCUGACCCUGAUGUGUGAGCAGGCGCCGGGGCCCAUCACCAUGGACCUGACGGGAGACCUGGAGGUGCUGCAGAGCCGUCCCUUCGUGCUGAAGGAGGGGGUGGACUACAGGGUGAAGGUGUCCUUCAAAGUGAACAGGGAGAUCGUCUGUGGGCUGAAGUGCCUGCACCUGACGUACCGCCGCGGCCGGCCGGUGGACCGCGACGUCUUCAUGGUGGGCAGCUACGCACCGCGGGCUGAGGAGUACGAGGUGGUGACUCCGGCCGAGGAGGUGCCGCGGGGCCGGCUGGUGCGUGGCUCCUACCGUGUCCGCUCGCUGGUCACCGACGAUGACAAGACGGAGCACCUCGCCUGGGAGUGGGGCCUGUGCAUAAGGAAGGGCUGGGAGGACUGA